CUAUCGUAUCCUAUCAAACAACACUCACAAACUCCCUCUGCUUCAUUUACUCUCUUCUUCUCUCUUCGUCCACUGACCCAGCGAGUAAUCCAUAAUCUUGAAUCCGUUUUCAGUGGCUAUGGCUCUCAGACCCAUAGACAACAAGCUUCCAAUAACGACGCCCGAAAGACCUAAAAAGCAAGCUAAGGUUGCGAUUCCGAUUCCCAUUCGAAAACAGCCCGAGCUUUGCACCAAUGACGAAAACAAAGCUCCAUUGGCGCCCCCUGCUCCUGCUGAUUCCACCAUCGAAUACAUCGAGUCUGAUAGCCUUGAACCCAUUGAAGACCCUGAAUCCUUGAUCCAAAGCUUAAUAGAAGGGUUAGAAUCAAAAGACUGGAUCCAAGUGUGUGAGUCACUGAAUAAUGCUAGACGUUUUGCACUCUAUCACUCUGAUCUUCUUGCUCCUUUACUGGACAAAGUCAUGCUGGUAUUGGUGAAGGCAAUGAAGAACCCCAGAAGUGCCCUUUGCAAGACCUCUAUCAUGGCGUCUUCUGAUAUCUUCAUGGCCUUUAAUAAAAAAUUACUUGAUCCAUCUACCUCUGAUGCAUUUGAUCACUUGAUGCUUCAGUUGCUACUGAAGGCCUCUCAAGACAAAAGGUUUGUGUGUGAAGAGGCAGACAAGGCAUUAAAAUCAAUGGUGGGGUCUUUGACUCCUUUACCUCUUCUCCAAAGGCUUCGAGCUUCUGUUAAGCACACCAACCUUAGAAUUAGAGCGAAGGCUGCUGUUGCCAUUUCUAAUUGUGUCUCUAAGAUGGGUCUGGAAGGAAUGAAAGAAUAUGGACUAGUUGAUCUGAUUCAAAUAGCUGCUGAUUUGUUGAAUGAUCGACUACCAGAGGCGCGAGAAGCUGCAAGGAGUGCUCUGGUUUCUGUUUACAAUGCAUUUAUAGAGAAUGAAGAGCAGAAGCAAGAGGCAUGGCAAAAGUUUUGCCAGUCUAAUUUGUCACCUAUCCACGUUCAAUCUGUAUUCAAAUUUACAACUUCCUAGAGUAGGAAGUGGAGUUUAUACUGUAGUAGCUAAAUAAGUAGGCCACAGCCCCCUCCUCCAUAAGUGUGAACUUUUCUGAAUUUUUGGUCAUGUAAAGGUUGUUUUUACAUGACACUUAGUAUACCACUGGUUUGAUAAGAAGAAUGAGAAUUAUUAUCCUUUGUUUGUUUGCUGUAAAACAGUCUCUUAUCACUAUGAUAGUAUGAUGGCAUUCAACUUCAA